AAUGGGCUGCUGGCGACGCGUCCCUUAAGAGCUCCGGAGCAGCGAGAGGCCGCCGUUUGUCUGUGCUGCGCCUGGAGCUGGUUAGGCACUCUGCAUCCCCGAUCUGUCCGGCAUCCUGCCCGUCGCCGCCGCCAUGCCCUUCUCCAACAGCCAUAAUACGCAGAAGCUGCGCUUCCCGGCCGAGGAUGAGUUCCCUGAUCUGAGCAACCAUAACAACCAUAUGGCCAAGGUGCUGACCCCGGAGCUGUACGCCGAGCUCCGUGCCAAGUGCACGUCAAGCGGCUUCACGUUGGACGACGCCAUUCAGACUGGCGUAGACAAUCCGGGCCACCCGUUCAUCAUGACGGUGGGUGCGGUGGCGGGCGACGAGGAGACUUACGCCGUGUUCAAGGAUCUCUUCGACCCCAUCAUUGAGGACCGGCACGGCGGCUACCAGCCCAGCGAUGAGCACAAGACGGACCUCAACCCAGACAAUCUGCAGGGCGGCGAUGAUCUGGACCCCAACUACGUGCUGAGCUCGCGGGUGCGCACGGGCCGCAGCAUCCGUGGCUUCUGUCUCCCCCCGCACUGCAGCCGCGGGGAGCGCCGCGCCAUCGAGAAACUGGCAGUAGAAGCCUUGUCUAGCCUGGACGGAGACCUGUCAGGCAAGUACUACGCGCUCAAGAGCAUGACCGAAGCGGAGCAACAGCAGCUCAUCGACGAUCACUUCCUCUUCGAUAAGCCUGUGUCGCCUCUGCUGCUGGCCUCCGGCAUGGCCCGCGACUGGCCGGAUGCUCGCGGUAUAUGGCACAAUGACAAUAAGACUUUCCUGGUGUGGAUCAACGAGGAGGACCACCUGCGGGUCAUCUCCAUGCAGAAAGGGGGCAACAUGAAGGAAGUGUUCACCCGAUUCUGCACUGGCCUCACCCAGAUUGAAACCCUCUUCAAGUCCAAGAACUACGAGUUCAUGUGGAACCCUCACCUGGGCUACAUCCUCACGUGCCCAUCGAACCUGGGCACUGGCCUGCGGGCAGGUGUGCAUAUCAAGCUGCCCCACCUGGGCAAGCAUGAGAAGUUCUCGGAGGUGCUCAAGCGGCUGCGGCUUCAGAAACGAGGCACAGGCGGUGUGGACACCGCUGCUGUUGGUGGAGUUUUCGAUGUCUCCAACUCGGACCGCCUAGGCUUCUCGGAGGUGGAGCUGGUGCAGAUGGUGGUGGAUGGAGUGAAGUUACUCAUUGAGAUGGAGCAGAGGCUUGAGCAGGGGCAGCCUAUCGAUGACCUUAUGCCUGCCCAGAAGUGAAGCCUGGCCCUCACCGUCACCAGCCUGCUGCUUCCUAACCUAAUACCUGGGCAGUGCCCACCAUGCAUCCCUGAUGUUUGCCGCCUGGCGGCUGAGCCCUUAGCCUCGCUGUAGAGACUUCUGUCGUCCUGGGUAGAGUUUAUUUUUUUGAUGGCUAAGCUGUUGCUGACACUGAAAUAAACUAGGGUUUGGCCUGCCCUAUGUCUCAUGA